CUAUAUGGCAAGACCGCCCACUCAUCAGACUUACCAGGCCCGCUCCACCUCCCUCAAUUGUGUAGCGCGGCCCGAGUAUCGUCAUUGAAGCCGAAAUGGGACGCCUCCCAUUGAGAACAGCCAUCGAAGGCCCGCCCGACAGCUUUAGACAGCCCAAUCAGGAUUCUAGUUAAAAAAGAAGGAAGGACGCCUCAAUUUGCCUUCGAACCGCCGACCUCUCUCACAAUGAUAGACACGCCAACCAGUGUGCUACAGAACGAAUUGCUGAUCAAUAAUGCAGCAACCAAUACUUAACCGUUCUCCAACUUCUCUCAAGCUAAGUCAAUUUCACAGAGAUAUAUCUUAUGCAAAGCGAUUCAUUAUUAUUAUGCUAGGCGCUCUCUAUGUUAUAUUUAUACUUUAAAUAUAUUGGGCUCUAGCCACUUGCAUCUUUCUCGGAUACUCGAAGACUCACGCCUCCUGCAUCCGGGCUAGGCUCGAAGAUUCCCGCCUCCGAGCGAUGCUCUCUCCGGAGUAUGCUUCCCGCCUCCGAGCGAUGCUCUCUCCGGAGAAUGCUCCCCGCCUCCGAGCGAUGCACCCUUGAGGGAUUGAUUCAUGCCUUCCGCCUCCGGGAAAGGCUAAAAUACCGCCUCCGUGCGAUACACCCUUCGGGGAUUGAUUCAUGCCUUUCGUCUCCGGGUAAGGCUAAAAUACCGCCUCCGAGCGAUGAACACUUCGGGGAUUGAUUCAUGUCUUCCGCCUCUAAGCAAGGCUCGUAAACCGCCUCUGUGCGAGGCUCCCCCCGAGGAAUGCUUCCCGCCUCCGAGCGAUAUUCCCUCUUUGGAAUGAUUUCCCGCCUCCGAGCAUAGUUCCCUCUCAUGAAGCCAAAGGCGCGAGGCGCUUCCCAGGAAGCCAAGGUGCGAUGCGCUUUCUAGGAAGUCGAGAAGCGACGCGCUUCCCAGGAAGCCGAGGAGCGAUGCGCUUCCCAGGAAGUCAAGGGAGCGACGCGCUUCCCAGGAAGCGAAGGAGCGAUGCGCUUCCGCCUCUUCGGUGAUUAAUUCAUGCCUUCCGCCUCCGGGCAAGACUAAAAAACCGCCUCCAAGCGAUUCACUCUUUGGUGAUUAAUUCAUGCCUUCCACCUCCGGGCAUGGCUAAAAAACCGCCUCCGAGCAAUGCACUCUUCGGUGAUUGAUUCAUGCCUUUCACCUUCCCAAGAAGAGGAGGAGCGAAGCGCUUCCCAGGAAGCCGGGGAGCGACGCGCUUCUCAGGAAGCCGAGGGAGCGAUGCGCUUCCCAGGAAGCGAAGGAGCUAUGCGCUUCCCAGGAAGCCGAGGGAGCGAUGCGCUUCCCAGGAAGCCGAGGAGCGAUGCGCUCCCAGGAAGCGAAGGAGCAAUGCGCUUCCCAGGAAGCCUAGGAGCGACGCGCUUCUCAGGAAGUCGAGGAGCGAUGCGCUUCCCAGAAAGCUGAGCGGCGAUGCGCUUUCCAGGAAGCCGAGGAGCGACGCGACGCGCUUCCCAGGAAGCGAAGGAGCUAUGCGCUUCUCAGGAAGCCGAGGAGCGACGCGCUUCCCAGGAAGCCGAGGAGCGGUGUGCUUCCCAGGAAGCGAAGGAGCUAUGCGCUUCCCAGGAAGCCAAAGGGGCAAUGCGCUUUCCAGGAAGAGAAGGAGCGACGCGCUUCCCAGGAAGCCGAUGAGCGAAGCGCACCCCAGAAAGCCGAAGAAGCACUAAGCUUUCCAGAAAGCUGGAAGACUAAUGCGCUUCUCAAAGGACGAAGUACUAAGCUUCAUAGAAGAGAACAGUUGAUCUUGCCUCACACAAGUAAGACAUUAACAAGACACAUGACUUCCUGACAACAUGGACGCGACAUUGGGGAGACAUGAGACAAGAGCGUCUUGAGUUAAAACUCUCAAGCCGUGGGGGCCACCCUACCUAUGUCGCAAUUAUGGUCCACUAGCGCUAACAACAAUGGACGCGAAGGAACUCUUAACGAUUUGAGAGCUUUGUUUCAAGACAUCGAAAGUCAAGCAAGGGGCAAAAGAAAUGAUUACGCAACUCGCACAAGGGGCAAACCGCAUCAUCCGGAUUCGUAAGUAAGGCAAAUUAAUACACGAUUAACGCAUUAUGUUACUCCUUCCAUUCUUACAUAAUACAAGAAGUAAAGGGGCAAUUGUUGGGAUAUGGAUUAAUAUGCCUACACGACUAUAAACGGGCCCAAGCCCACCGCAAGGCGUCCUGGGCCCAAGCCCACUCAAGGAAGCCCAAACCCUAUAUAAGGAGGCCUAACCCUCCAAACUAAGGAGAUUCUCUUUUCCCUUCCUCACUUUCCCCUAAGGUCUCUCUCUACUUUAUCUCUCUACAUACCAUACACUCUCCUAUAUCGUACUAACUUGGGCGUCGGAGCGUAUCCCGGGGGCCGCACCCCGCCUCACAGGUUCUUUCACUCCCGAGGAGAUCAGACGAGGGAGUCCAAAUCGGAGCCCCAUAACCGCCUAGAACAUUCUAGGCACAAACAAUUGCCUUUGUUAAUAUUCGAUUCGAUGGAAGGGAGGAUGGGAAACAACUAAUGAAAGUGUCCACUUUGAGUGUUUGGAAAAGGGCUAAUACCACUUGCACACCCGAACAAUUAAGAAUGUGUCAAUUGUGUCCUAAAGUAUCUAAUAUGACAUUUGUGUCCCAACCUAUUAUAGUUUUGUGUCAUUUAUGUCCCAAUCAAUUAUAGUUUUAUGUCAUUUAUGUUCUAACCCGAACAAUUAAGAAUGUGUCAUUUGUUAAAUACUAACAGUCAACGCCGGUCAACUCUAACGAAAAAAUAGUUUACGACACAAAUAUCAUAUUGGAUACUUUAGAACACAAAUGACACAUUUUAAUUGUUCGGUUUCCUAGUGGUAUUAUCCCUUUUGAAAAUAACAAGAGAUUGAGUGAGAUACGAGAGUGACCUAGGAAAACUUGGAUGCUAAGUUUGGAUUUAAUUGGAGCUUGCAAGUUGUCAAAGUGUGGACAAUGGCCAAUAGUUGUAGGUUAUAUUCAAUUAAUUUUAAAGUUGGAUUAAUACCUUAUUUUGGCCUGAAUUAUUACCUUAUAAUCAACUUUGGUCUGUGGUUUCGGAAAUUAACAUCCUGGCCUCAACUAUGCAACAUAUGCACUCAAUAGGUCCGACACAUGGUUUGACCGUCAAUUUGGACGGUCAACACGCCAUGUCAUUGCCUUGUCAGCCUAAAAAUCAUUAAAAAAUCCAAAUUCAAAUUAUUUUCCUAAUUUCUAAUAUUUAUCAUUAUCAAAUUAACCAAAAAGUGAAAUUAUAAAAAAUCUAAAAUAAUUAUUUUUUUAUAUUUUUUGGGUAAUUUGAAAAUGAUAAAUUUUAGGACUUUGCUACGGUGACAUGCACUUUUCGGUCGACGUCAUAUAGGAUUAGGUCGACCUAAUAUGUUGUUUCAGUAUAAAAACAGUUUCAUGGUGCCUACUUUGGAGAUUCAUAUCAUACAAUUGGCUAGAUGAAAAUUUGAGAUCAAUGGCUUGUUUUGAAGCUGAAGUGUCCCUCUAGGCCUCUACACAUUAAAAUACUUGGGAGCUCAAUAAAAAGUCCAGAACACC